AUGGAUUUCCUCAAAUCCGCCGUCGCCUCUGCGAUGGCCAAAGGCAGCUCGUUUCCUUAUUCGCUAGGAGAUAGAGUCGACAUCUCCGAUUCGAUCUGGGCACUUCACAAUGCAACGAAACGGGAAGACGGCUCAUCAUGUAGUAUUUUCACCUUCGAAAUCGCCACGAAUAAGUCCCGUCUGCCGCUCGCAAAGAACGCUGUACGGAAAUCACGAACGUUGAGACACCCCGGGGUGAUUAAGGUUUUGGAUACUAUUGAGACCGAGACUACCAUCUACAUCGUGACGGAACGAGUCGUGCCCCUUUCUUGGAAUGUGAAGCGCAGGAGUUUGAGCGAAGAGACUUCUAAAUGGGGGCUAUGCACAGUGGCGUCUACCCUGAAAUUCAUCAACGGGGACGCCGCGUCUGUCCACGGGGCCGUGAGAGCGUCCUCGGUAUACACAAGUGAGAGCGGCGAGUGGAAGCUCGGAGGAUUCGAGGUAUUGAGCUCGAUGAAUGAUGAUCAGGCGGUGAUAUAUACAUAUGGCAGUCUCGUACCGGACGCCGCUCGAUACACACCACCAGAGAUUGUAAAGGGUGGCUGGGAUGCGAUCAAGCGCCACCCUUUAACAGCCGUUGAUUCCUAUGGUCUGGCGACACUGGUGUUUGAGGUCUUCAAUGGCAGCUUUUCGGGUGGAGAUCAAGUCGGCAGGACGACGAAUAUCCCGCCUAGUAUGCACCAGAGCUAUAAGCGUCUCGGCACAGCCAACCCCAAACUACGAUUGAGCCCGGCGCACUUUGUAGAACAGGGAAAGAAGAGCGGUGGCUUUUUUGAGACGCCGCUUAUUCGGCUGACGGACGAUAUUGAUAGUUUGGGUCUGAAAAACGAGUCUGAGAGGGAGGAAUUUCUCAAUGAACUCGAAAAUCUGUCCGAAGACUUCCCGGAGGACUUCUUCAAGAUGAAAGUUCUACCAGAGCUGUUAAAGUCUGUCGAGUUUGGAGGCGGUGGUCCAAAGGUCUUGUCAGCUAUUUUGAAGAUCGGAGGGAAGUUAUCGCAGGACGAGUUUAAUGCUAAGCUUACACCGGUUGUUGUUCGCCUGUUCGGUAACCCUGAUCGAGCUAUCCGAGUCUGCCUUCUCGAUCAUCUGCCGGUAAUGAUUGAGAACCUUUCUCAGAAGAUAGUCAACGAUAAGCUAUUCCCUCAGAUGACCUCCGGAUUCACAGAUGCAGCGCCCGUUGUUCGGGAGCAGACGGUGAAAGCUGUUCUGCCUGUUAUUAACAAACUAAGUGACCGAACAAUUAAUGGCGAACUCCUUAAAUUUUUGGCGCGGACUGCCAACGACGAGCAGCCGGGUAUUCGGACGAAUACUACGAUCUGCUUGGGGAAGAUUGCGAAGAACCUAGGUCAAGGCUCGAGAGCGAAAGUUCUCGUUGCAGCUUUCACGCGCGCCCUUCGAGAUCCAUUUGUCCAUGCUCGCAACGCUGGCUUGUUGGCGCUAUCUGCAACACUGGAGGUUUUCUCUGAGGAGGAUUGCGCGACUAAAGUUCUGCCUGCCAUAUGCCCUGCUCUUCUUGAUCGGGAAAAGGUAAUAAGGGACCAGGCCAACAAAACGCUAGACAUGUACCUACAACGUGUCAGAAAGUUUGGCAAUACCAUGGCCGACACAGCUCUCCCAGCAACAACAAGUUCGGACGCUCCCAAGGAUGCGGCCCGUAUCGGAACGUCCAACGACAACUCAUGGGCAGGCUGGGCCAUUUCCUCAUUCACCAAUAAAAUAGCAACAGCUGACGGCGAAAUCGAGCCUACCGCAGGCUCCACAAAACCAGCCGAGGAGCCCAAACGUUCAGUAUCCGUUCCUCGUCAGACGAAACCAACAUCGCCAACGCCAUCUACUGAAUCUAAAACUACACUACGACCUUCAGUUCAACCCCUGGGUCGCUCAUUGUCAGCACACCCCGCGCCAGUACAUAGAGAAGAGCCUGAACCUGCAGAUGAUGUUUACGAUGCAUGGGGGGCGAUGGAUGAAGAUGAUGAGGACGGAUGGGGGAAUGACCAAGACCCAUUCAAUGCUCCGUCGACGAUCUCACCCACCAGCGCUACGUCCAAACCCAAAGCAAGUCCCCUCCCGUACGACGAUGGCGGUGAACCGGACUUUGCGGGGUGGCUUGCCGCACAGUCGAAAGCCAAAAAACCGCUGCCUAAAGGUCUAAGCAGCUCCCGAACUACACCGACUUCGAGGACCACUAGUCCUAGCUUGACAGCAAAGCCUAAGGUUGCUGCAGCGCCUGCUAAGAAGAUUGACACGAAACCCAAGAAUGAGGAAGAAGAUGAUGGCUGGGGAGAUGCGUGGGACUGA